GCCCGGUUUCAUCACGAAGCACUGGUUGAGGAGUUCACCCGCACGCUGUCGUUUCGAGCUGGUGUGAAAUCGAUAGUGACGUCAAUGCUGGCUUUGGACAGACUCGGCUUGCCCACUGAGUUGCUCCGAGCCCCAUUUUUACAACAGCUGCGUGGUCAAUGCCAAGAACUGAGUUUUGGUGAUCUCCGGCGGGUCCUCAUGGCAUUGGCGCGAUGUUGGAAACAUUCCGCUGUGCAACCAGAUUUGUUGCUGGAGAUCUGCGAUGCGACGGCUGACAAAGCGGCUGACUGUGAUCCACGAGAUUUGGUGGCCAUGCCGCAACACUUGGGCAGAUUGAAGUUUUUGCACCAGAGAUUGUUGUCGGCUUCAGCAGAUGCAGUCUCAAAAUUGAUUGCUUCACGUUUGUCUGUCCUACCUUUGGACAUUCUACGUGCCAUGGACGGGUUCUUGUUGGUGGCCCCCCUUGUUGAUGCAGACCCGGCACGACAACAUACCUUGGAACUGGCGCGUAAGUGCCAGCUCUUCAGUGAGCAACUGCUUGGGAAGGCCAAGCAUGCGGAGCUGUGGGCGAUUGGUUCGCACAUGUUAGGCGCCGAAAUCGUAAGUGUGCAGGUUUGGACGCUUUGGGUUUCAGAGAUGGCUCAGCACGUGCCUCAGCCUAGCCGGUCCAAAGGAGUGGUUUUUCUGCGCCAACAGAUGGCCAGCUCGUUUGCCAUCCAGAUUCACAUCAUUGAGCGCGAUGCAUUUUGGGGCCCAAGAGUGGAUAGGGAGGAUGCGAUUGGACGGGUGUUGGCCGCAAGGUAUCCAUCUGGUGCACUACUGGGCGACAACUCCGUUAAUUGCCCAUCUCCGGAAGAGGCUUUGCAGAGAUAUCGCAGCUUGGUCAACCAGAUUCACCCGGAGCGCUGCGUGGACAAGCGGGCUGAACAGGCCUUUGUCCGCGCUUCGCAGGCCUUUGAUGCACUUUGCGCUUCGGAGUCUCGCCCCGGCGACGAGCCUGUUUUGGACGAGUGGGAGGCAUGCGCUUCGCAACACGGAAGCUUGGCUUCCUUCAGCGGGAGAUGGUGGAGUGCGAGUAGCAUAACGAGCUUGGACCGUGGUCUGGAGUUCCGAUCCGUGGCCAUGGACAUAUUGCUCAAGUUAGCAGCUGAUGCGAAUGAUGCUGACAUAAAGCAUCUAGGCCAACUUGUUGUGGACGCAGAGAAAAGCUGCGAGCACCUGGAUCGGCAACAGGGAAUUCCGCGGCAUCGACUGUGGCCGACAAAGGCAGGGGUGACAUAUCAACGGGCCAGGAGGGCAGCGCUGCGAUACCUCGACUUGUUGUGCCACCUUCGUAUCGUGCACUGUUUCUGUCAGCUGCGGAGUCGGCAGUUCCUUCAUUCAGCCGAACUGCUUGCAGCAUCACCAGUCUCUGAUAUGCCGGGCUUGCUGAAAGAAACAUUGGCUGCAAAGGCUGCUGUGGACCCGUCACCAGCACCCAAUGACAUUGCGCAAGAUAUUGAAAACAGUGAGGCUGAUGUGGACCCGUUGGAUAAGUAUAUGGAGGAGAUCGACCGGGCUGCUAAGCAGGCUAUGGCAGCUAUGGGCACCGGUGAAGGUGGUCCAAGAAAUGGCGAAGCAGGCACACGAAGCCAUGAAACCACUGCAAAUGCAGAGCAAAGCGAAUCAGACAAGCUUCCUCCUGGCACCCACCGGACAGCAGAAGCAGCAUCGGCUGAAGAACGUGUUGCUGAAUCUGCUGCGGCCGCAGCCGAAAACAAGGCUGCAGCACAACGUUGCUUGCAGAACCAACUCCUGGGCGAUCUGUUUUCGGACGACUCGGAACUUGAGGCAGCGUGA